AUGAGUUUCUCAAAGGGCAGUGCGUCAGGUCUACGCGACAACGGUUCUUCACGAUACGGAGAUGUACGUUCAUGUAGCACGAGCUCGAAAAUAUCCAGAUCGUCAUUUCCAAGCUGCAGCGCGAGUUUCUCAACCGAUGAACGUUGCGAUCGCACCGUCGUCUUGCUAGGCAGAACUGGCGCAGGAAAAUCGACGUGCGCAAAUGUCCUAGCCGAUAAGACUGAUCUAUUCAAGACUAGCGGUAGACCCAUUAGCAAGACAAAGGAGAUGCAACGCGAAAUCGUUAGUGUGAAUUGGUCAAACAAAACGUACAAAGUGAAAAUUGUUGAUACGAUUGGCAUUGGUGACACCAAACUACCGCAGAACGAAGUCUUGCAUCGCCUCGCAUUGACCUGCCAUGAAUACUGCGACGGAAUCAACGCUGUCCUUUUUCUUGUAAAAAAUCGCUUUGAAGACAAAGAAGCUGAUGCUUGGGAUAUGAUUACGCAGGUCCUGAUUGGUAAAGAAAUUGUCGACUAUACAGCCAUUGUAAAGACAGCUUUUGAAGAAUUCGACAAUAGCGAAGCAACCGAAGCGGAUCGCAGAGAGUUGGAAGAAGGCGAAGCUGCAAAGAAAAUCUUGCCUGGUGUAAAGCACUUUAUAUAUGUCGACAACCCUAGUCUGAAGUAUGGAUCAAUGGAAGCCCUUACGGCUCGUGCAUCUUCUCGAAAGAAGCUUCUCAAGCAUAUAAUUGAGGACUGUCAAAACGUCUUCCAACCGCCCAUGCUGCGUGAGAUUGAAAAAGUAUCAGAAGAAAUCAAAAGACAGGGAGUAGAGAGAAAAGCGGAAAUGGAGAAGACAAUGAGAAUGAUCGUGGAAGAUGAAGCAAGAGCACCAACAAGAAGAAUAGCAGCUGCUGAAAGAGCAGCAGCAGAAAGAAUAGCAGCUGCUGAAAGAGUAGCAGCUACUAGAAAAGGAGCAGUAGCAGUAAAAGCAGCAACAAAGAAAGGUGUGGCUGAGGAAUUCUUGGGAAGUGAAGCUGGAGCAACUGGUAGACUAGCUGACCGAGCAGCUAGCACAGUAGUGGACACAGUUAGUGAAAAUUGUUCUGUUAUGUGA